UUGCGGCAACUGAUACAGCUUUACUGAUGCAGUGAAGGUCUGUGUAAUGUGCCGGUUGUCGCCCUCUAGCGGACCUUUAUACAAACUGCAGCUGUCUCCUUGCGACGUUCAUUACAAAUGUCUAAGUUGAACACCUCCAGUGAUGGAUCCUUGGGAUCUGGUUGGAUCUGCUGAGCCCACAGGUUUCCCCCUGAACCGGACUGGUUUUCACCGACUCAUCCUUUCACCUUUGUGACGAAGUUGGGUCCACAGCUCUAUUUGUUCGUUCACACCCCACUGAUGAGACCGGUCUUAAAGCAUCUGUCAAGUCCAAAGUCCCUCGUCUGUUUGGACUUUGUGUCCGGUGGCGCCACCUUUGGGCAGAUGUUCUGUUCGGAUCUGAUCCGUCCCAGUUUUUCGUUGCUUGUGCUCAGUCCGCCUUUCGUUUCCCCUUUCUCUCUCCCUCACCUUAGUUACACCUGCUAAAACAGGGAGACAGAUGGUUUUAUGAAUGAACACUACCUUCAAAAAGGGUCCAAUUAGCUUCUGUCUGUUAAUCCACUUUAAAGGUUCUAGUAAUGAGUAGUUCAUAGUGUGAGGGGCCGACGUAGAACCCUGUAAUACGAUGAAGACAGCGGCUGAGCCGACCUCGUUAGCGACGGCUCAGCCUGUGUUUACUAAACGUCCUGGACAAAGGUGAGAGUGUCACACUUUGAAGUGUCUGCAGCGUUUAGCGCAGAAGGAGCCUGACGCCAGCAGAGGCGGAGCCGGGCUCGGGCCCGGCCCAACAGGCGCUGCAGGAGGCGCCGGGGCCACAGACGGGACAGCGCUCGGACCUUCAGGUUCUGGCGGCAUGGAGCUCUAUCUGGACCUGCUCUCCCAGCCCUGCAGGGCCGUCUUCCUCUUCGCCAGAGCGGCUCGGAUUCCCUUCCACCUAAAGCCCGUGGACCUGGCUGAAGGACAUCAGUACAGCGAGGAGUUUGGCAAAGUCAGCGUGAUCAGGAAGGUUCCUGUGAUGAAGGACGGGAGCUUCGUUCUGACUGAGAGCGUGGCCAUCCUGAAGUACAUGGCUCAGAAACACUCGGUGGCCGAGCACUGGCUUCCAGCCGAGCUGCAGCGCAGAGCGCGGGUUAAUGAGUACCUGGCCUGGCAGCACAUGAAUGUGAGGGCCCACGGGUCAAAGGUCUUCCUGUUCAGGAGUGCGUUUCCCAUCAUCAUGGGCUUCGAGGCCCCGAAGGAGAAGAUGGAUGCAGCUCUGGAGGACCUGAAGCAGUCGCUUGACCUGCUGGAGGAGAAGUUCCUGGAGAAUAAACCUUUCAUCGCUGGCGACAACAUCUCCUUGGCCGAUCUGGUGGCAGUAGUGGAGAUCAUGCAGCCGGUCGGAACCGGCCUGGAUGUGUUUGCAGGUCGGCCCAAGCUGUCGGCCUGGAGGGAGCGGGUGAAGACGGCGCUCGGCGAGAAGCUGUUCGACGAAGCCCAUGAGGGCAUCAUGAACGUGAGCGUCCUGGCGCAGAAGAUGCAGGACAACAGCAAGUUCGAGAUGCUCAGACCCAAGUUCCAGAAGCUUUUCAGCUGAGGGACACGCGUGUGCGUCUGCUGGUUGAAACAAGCUGAAUAAAGAACUAGCGUCUAACGAG